AUGGUGUCUCUUGGACGGAUCUACAAGUGUGAGAAAAGGAGAAAUGGGUUCUGCACUUGUGGGAGUGAAGUCCUUGCUGCAAAAUCUGUGAGAGAGAUGAAGUUUAGAGUUUCUGGAAUUGCAAGGAGGCCAAGAUUGUCAUGUACGUUUAUGUAUGAGACUUGGGUGAUUGGAAAAAACAUGGUUGUGAACUAUAAUGAUCCCUACACUCAAAGCAUUGUUCAUGUUCAAAUAGAGAAGAACAAUGUGAGUGAUGUUGUCGAGGAGGUUCCCUUGGAGCAAGAGUUGGAAGAUGCUGAUGCUGCAGAGAAAAGAAUGAUGAAUAUAUUGUUCUUUAUAUUUUGCUUGUGUUUGGUGAUUAAUCAUAAUGUUGAUGGUAUUCAUGAUAUUUUGAAUGAAGAUUUGGAGUUUGAGAGAAAUUCCAAGCUAAGUGAUAAGUCUCCACUCAAGACUAUUCAUACAAAGUUUAGAGAUAUUAUUGACUGCAUUGACAUUUAUAAACAACCGGCCUUCGACCAUCCUUUACUAAAGAACCAUAAGUUACAGAUAAAACCCAACUUUGAAAAUUUAAUUGAAAAAUCAAGUGUAAAUAAUUCGCGAUUUGAAUCUAUGUUUGGGCUUCAGAAAGUAAAAUGUCCAGAAGGAACAGUUCCUAUACAAAGAGCAAAAGAUGAUUUCACUAAAAAAAGAUUAUUAUUAAAUAAUCAUACAUUGGUUCAAGACAUCCCUGGAGUUCACAUUGCAGAAAUAUCUAUUCCCACAAAUUAUGCUCCUUUGUAUAAAGUUAGCGGAAUAAAUAGCGUUUAUAAUCCAAGAGUUACUGGAAAAGGUCAAAGUUCUAUCUCACAUAUAUGGGUUGAAAAUGGACCUCUGGAAUCUACCAACAAAAUAACUGCGGGAUGGCAUGUGGAUCCAGAAUUAUACGGUGAUACAAAGACCCAUUUUUAUGCAGUAUGGACGAGAGAUAAUUUUAAGAAGACAGGAUGCUACAAUGUUCGGUGUUCAGGUUUUGUUCAGGUUGAUAAAAAUAAUUUCCUUGGGUCAUAUUUUCCCAAGACAUCCACCUAUGGGGAACGAAGUUACGAGGUUUUCAUUUCUAUUACUCAGGAUCCAGAUACAAAAAAUUGGUGGAUAGCCUUGGGACAUUCAGAUAUAGGAUAUUAUCCAGCAGCAUUGUUCUCGAAUUUGGAAUCAGCAUCGAUUGUUGGGUGGGGUGGAAGAACAGAAGCUAAGGUUGGAGAUCCUAGUCCUCCAAUGGGAUCUGGGCAUUUUCCUGAUGGAAACGAACAACAUGCAUGUUAUUUUAGAUCUCCCAUGAUUGAAGACGCAUCAAGAGAAAUUUAUGUACCUAAAUCUAUUAUGACCAGACCCUUUUCUGACAACACUAAUUGUUAUGGUGUUAAUUACUAUAAAGAUGACCAAGAGGUUUCUGAUGAAGGUGUUGUCCAGUUUGGAGGACCUGGAGACAAAUGUGGAAGUUAA